AUGCCGUUCCUGCGGGAGGGAGCACACGCCGCGUCACUCCCUGCGCGGAGCCCCUGGGGAUCGAGCCCCGAGAGCAGCUCGCAGGAGAGAGAGGAAGCACCGCUGAGGAACAGCCCCAGCCCCCCCAACAGCACCGGGGGCACCAUCGACAGCGAUAGCUGGGACCCCCGGUUCAACGAUGUCCCCUCGGCCGUGCCCCCCCCAGCCAAGAACAGGAAGAACUUCAGUCAGCUCAAACGAGCGAAACCCUACGGUUCCCUCUUCCAACGGGCUAAACCCAGCGGGUUCCUGCCGGAGAGAAAGCAGCUGGACAAGAUCAGGAAGAAGAAAAAGCUGAAGAGGAGGGAAACAGAGGUGUCGGCCGAGGAGGACUACGAGGAGAAGCUGCUGGAGCUGGAGGGGGAGGACUCUUACGUGGAGACGCCCAUGAGCCCCUCGUCCGAGGGCGACCCUCCGUCGGCGGCCGAGCAGAGCUCGGUGUGGGACUCUGACACCCCCUCCAGCGUCUCCUACCCCCCCGGGGCGGCCGAGCAGACGGUGGAGAUCCAGAGCGUGGGCAAGAGAACGGUGAUUCGGCAGGGCAAGCAGGUGGUCUUCCGGGAUGAGGACGGGACCGGCGACGACGAGGACAUCAUGGUGGAUUCGGAUGACGACUCCUGGGACCUGGUCACCUGCUUCUGCAUGAAGCCUUUCGCCGGGCGGCCCAUGAUCGAGUGCAACGAGUGUCACACCUGGAUCCACCUCUCCUGUGCCAAGAUCCGUAAAUCCAACGUCCCAGAGGUCUACAUCUGCCAGAAGUGCCGGGACUCCAAGUUUGACAUUCGCCGUUCCAACCGUUCCCGGACGGGCUCGCGCAGGCGUUUUCUGGACUAAGGGAGGGAAUUGGGGAGCUGGGGGUGCUGCGUGGGGCGGGG